GGGGGGGGGGGGGGGGGGGGUCACAUGACAACAGAGAGGAGAAAAACAGGACUGUGGACUGGUGCCUCACACUGAACAUGGACCAGAGGACGAGCAGCAGCCUGCAGCCGGUCUGCUCCAGACACAGGACAGUCCAGUCUGGGUCAGACCGACAGCAGGGCCACUCUGACAGCGUCCACAGAAAAAUGUCUCCUGUCUCCAGUUACGUCCCGCCACCUGAUUACCUACAGGGAGAUGAAGACGAUGACAUCAUCAAACCCAAAAAACUGAUCAACCCCGUCAAAGAGUCCAGGAACCACCAGGAACUUCACCGGGAACUGCUCAGCAGCUACAAACGGGGUGGAGCCAGUGUGGAACAAAAGCCUGAGCUGCAGAGGGUUCUGGCGUCACGGAGGAGGGACCAACUAAUCAAACUGAGGAAGGAGGAAGAAGAAGCACGGAGGAAGGUGACACCUCUGGAACAGGUACUGCUGAAGAGACACAAACACCUGGAUGAGUUGGACAAGCAGCAGCAGGAUGAGGACGACCUGAAACCUCCAGAAUUCAUCAAAGUCAAAGAAAAUCUGAGGCGCACAUCCAUCCACAGUAAAGAGGAGAAGGAGGUGUAGAGAAGGAGAGCUGAUCCAGACCAGACAGGGGAGCUGGAAUGGGUCACAUGGACUGUCGUGUUGUGUUGUGAGUUCAACAGAUAUCUGGUCAGCUGGCUGGAGAGUGAAGUGGGGUCAAAGUUGGUGAAUCGGUACCAGCGCAUGAAGUUAAUGACUUGACUAGGAAGUGAGAGAUGGGAGCAGACCCCUCUGUUUGAUUGCUGAAUUAUAUAAUCCCACUUUGUAUCUCCUUACUGGAUCAGAUUACAGGUGUAGCAGAAACACUUUAUUUUGAAAUGUCGCUUUAACUCUGUUUACUUUGCUGACAAA